AUGCAUAUACAAAUUAAAGUGCCUCCUAGCCUCACAGAGGUCAACACUGACACCAAAGCGACUGAGAUCGUAUCUAUCGGGCCUUACCAUCGUGGCAGGGACAAGGUUUUCGAAUUUGAGAACUACGAAUGGAGCUUUCUUGACUAUAUCUUGUGCUUCACCAUGAGAAACGGGAAUGAUCUAGACAGGAUCAUUAGAUCCAUGCCAGACUUGGAAAGAAGCGCAGGAAUAUGCUACUCUGAGCCAAUUUCAAUUUCAAGCAAGGACAUUGCUGAGAUGAUGAUAUUGGAUAGCUGCUUCAUUCUAGGGUAUAUGUUGUAUGUAUACACAAGCCAAGAAGAUGAACCCACCCUCUCUAUUCCAAUUGUCACCAGGGACCGACUGAAGCAUGAGAAUCAACUCCCAUUUUUCAUUCUUGAAAUGAUGUAUGAUUUUAUGAAGAGUGAUUCACUAGAAUUUCUUGCAUUGAAAUUCUUCAAUCUUGCAUUGCCAAGGAAGGAUCAAGAAAUCCUCAAAUGUGUACUAAUUACGGCAGAACCUAAACAUCUCGUUAAUAGGAAAUAG